AUGGGUCGUGUCACUUCUCCAGGGGAGAAUCCAAACAAUGGUUUCCCGGUUCAACAAACCGGUACACCGGUCCACCAAACCGGAGUUCCCGUGAGUCAGUUCGCACCGCCAAACUAUCACCAAGCUAAGGUUAAUCUAUCUGUUGGGAGUCCAUGGAGGACUGGUUUGUUUGAUUGUCAAGAAGACCAAACCAAUGCCGUUAUAACAGCAUUCUUGCCGUGUGUGACAUUCGGACAAAUAGCGGAAGUGAUGGAUGAAGGAGAGCUGACUUGUCCGCUAGGAGGUUUCAUAUACUUGUUGAUGAUGCCGGCUCUAUGCUCACAGUGGGUGAUGGGAUCAAAGUAUAGGGAAAAAAUAAGAAGAAAGUUUAAUCUCGUGGAAGCUCCAUAUUCGGAUUGUGUCACUCAUGUCUUAUGUCCUUGUUGCUCUCUUUGUCAAGAAUACAGAGAGCUCAAGGCCAGGAGUCUUGAUCCUUCUUUAGGUUGGAAUGGGAUACUUGCUCAAAGACAAGGACAAUACGAAGGUGAAGCACCAAGUUUUGCUCCUCCAAAUCAAUAUAUGUCUAAAUAA